CGUUGACUUUGACGUAACUGCUGUCUGGUGUCGUAGGCUAAGAUGGCUGGCCAAUAUCCUGUUAGGACGUGUUAUACUUGUGGGUCGACUAGUCAUUUCCAACGUGAUUGUCCGCGACGUGCCUUCGGGUGUGCCCCGGCAACGGGUGCUAACGCCACACCUCUUCCGAGUCUCACCUUACCUGCUCCCAACUCUGUUUCCGCUUCGGCAACUUCUACGGCGAAUGUUGGCUAUGCUGUCCCGAAUUACUCCUUCCAGCCAAGGCCUAAUUGGUGGAAGAUGAAUCAAGAAAAGUUGGAUCGGUGUUACGCUAGGACUGUCACGGAUGAAGAAAAGGAGGCGAAGAUGAAAGAAGAGGAAGAACGUAAGAGGAAGCUGAAAGAAGAAGACGACAGGAAAGAAGAAUGGAGAAAGGAGCAGGAAAGGCUGGAAGCUGAAAUUUGGGCGCGUUUGGAUAAGCGGAUGGAGAACGUGUGUCCUAAGCUAAAAAUGAAGGAAGACGACAAUGCAAAACUGAAGGAAGACAUGGAACGGUUACGAAAGGAGAACGAGAAGCUUAGGAAGCUGCUACUGACAAGUGAAGGUGAGGUGGGUGAGGAUUCCGGAAGCAAACUGCAACGAGAGAUUGCGGAGCUAAAGCGUCAGGUUGCUGCCAAGAAGAGUGCGGAUGAUGACAUUUUUGCCAUGAAAAAGGAGAUUGAGGAGCUGAGGGUUUCGGCGUUGUCAAAAGGUAACUUCGAAGCUGAGCUUGAAGGCCUGCGAACGGAGGUUAGCCGUCUUAAAGUACAAAGUCUGAAGGAUAAGGAGGAAAAUGAGCUAUGGAAGGGGGAAGCACUCCGCUCGGGAAACAAGCGUGGUAACAUAGUGAUCAGUACUCCGGAUUGCGCCGUUCGGGGAUCGCCGCAACCACGGUGGACUGACAACCUCCGGGAUUCUGACAAAUGGAGGCAGGAGUAUCUCAAAAUGAAGGAGAUGCAUCGUGCCGCCGCUCUCGAAGCUGAAGUAUUGAAGGACAAACAGGUCGUGGCUGAGGGCGAGGUCUUUAAGCUUAAGGAACAACUUCAAAAGCAACCGGAAGGCGAAUGCUCGAAGCAACGAACCCCGGGAGCUACGAAUCUGAAGACCAGGCUGGAAGCGGUUGCCACUCGAUCAGCACGAAAAGGGAAGAAGGCGACUCCUCGCAGGUGCCUCGUUGACGAUGCAACCUCGACAGGUGAUGCGAACGGAAGGUUUUUGUACAUUGAAGAACAAAAGAAGGAUUUGCGCAACUAGAAGAAAUCUGGCCUGGAGAUGAUGUGUUGAGAAGCAGGUUUGAAAUUACGGACGAUUGAUCUAAUGAUCGCUGACCUUGCGGAGUUUCGGGCAGACAAGGCAUUAGGCAAGAUGGUUGAUAAACGCAAAGCGAAGGA